AUGCGUGGACUUUCUGGUUAUCACAUAAUGAUAGUCUCGAAGUAUUUCAAGACUACCAACGACUUCAUUAACUUGGAGUUGGUAUGCAAAAAGUUUAGUGGCAAUAUGGAAAAGUUCCAUUUCAACCCGAUUCCGUCAAAUUCCAAAACACUUAGAUACUUCCCAAACAUUGAGACACUUCACUUGUGGAAUAAAAAAGAUGAGACAUUUGGCAAUGUAUUUUCUAUCAACACAAAAGAAAAUGAAAAUAAUACUAUUUUUAAAAAAGAGUUCUUUUAUAUGAUUGUGUGGUUCAUUGUUGAUUUUGAAACUGUUGACAGAAACAAAAGUCGAAACAUCGAGUUUAAAAAUGUUACUUACACUCAAAAUGAUAGAGAGAAAUUUGGUAAUAACAUUCCAUCAAGUGUGACAUCGAUUGGUGAAUAUUGUUUUAGUGGAUGCAGUAGUUUAAGCAGUAUUAUAAUACCAUCUAGUGUAAGAUCUAUCGAUGAUGAUUGUUUUUAUGGUUGUAGCAGUCUAAGCAGUAUUAACAUACCAUCAAGUGUGAUAUCAAUUGGGGAUGGUUGUUUCAAUGGAUGCAGCAGUCUUAGUAGUAUUACAAUACCAUUAAGUGUCACAUAUAUUGGUUAUUAUUGUUUCUCAUCAAAUACUAUAGUUCAUCAAAGCAAAUGA